AAGUACCUUAAGGAUUGGACCAUCACACAUAACAAGAGAAAACAAACAUUCCCCAGCUCGUCCAUUGCCAAAAUUCGUCCAUUGCCAAACAUGAUGGCUUCAGCUAAAUAUUUCAGCUUCCUUCUAGUUAUUUUGUUUCUGAAUUCGAGUUUUGUUGAGAUCGAAGCUCGUGAUCCAUUCAAUAUCAUGGUGGUAUCCCAAAAGUAUGCCGGGGGAAAGGUUGGUGGUUUCCUCGAUGGAUUAUGUCUUGGAGCAAUCAAACAGUCAGGUCCUAGUCCCGGCCAGGGAAACAACUACCCCUACAGCCAGACUCUCGGUGGCAUUAAGGGGGGUCCAAGCCCUGGUCAGGGAAACAAGUUUACAGAUAGCCAGACUCUUGGAGGCAUUAAGGGGGGUCCAAGCCCUGGUCAGGGAAACAAGUUUACAGAUAGCCAGACUCUUGGAGGCAUUAAG